CCUGGACCGUUGGGGGCGGAGCAGUGAAGCCCGCGAAGCCUCCCGCCCGCUAGGGCCGGGGUCGCGCUGCACGGACCUCCCUCCCCGCGCGCUGCGGCCAUGGAGGACGAUCGGAAGGACGAAGCCUAUGGAACUCCCCAGAAGUAUGACCCGACCUUUAAAGGACCCAUUUACAACAGGGGUUGUACUGACGUCAUUUGCUGCGUGGCCCUCCUCCUGGCCAUUGUGGGCUACGUGGCUGUGGGCAUCAUAGCCUGGACCCACGGGGACCCGCGGAAGGUGAUCUACCCCACUGAUAGCCAGGGUGAAUUCUGCGGGCAGAAGGGCACAAAAAAUGCGAACAAACCCUUCCUGUUCUAUUUCAACAUUGUGAAGUGUGCCAGCCCCCUGGUCCUGUUGGAAUUCCAGUGUCCUACCCCUCAGAUCUGCGUGGAGAAGUGUCCAGACCGUUACCUCACCUUCCUGAAUGCUCGACACUCUCCCGACUUUGAGUACUAUAAGCAGUUCUGUGUUCCUGAGUUCAAGAACAAUAAAGGGGUGGCCGAGGUGCUGCGAGAUGGUGACUGCCCGGCUGUCAUCACCCCCAGUAAACCCUUGGCCCAGCGCUGCUUCCCCGCCAUCCAUGCCCAUAAAGGUGUCCUCAUGGUGGGCAACGAGACGACCUAUGAAGAUGGGCUUGGUGCACGGAAGAACAUCACGGACUUGGUGGAGGGCGCCAAGAAGGCCAAUGGAGUCCUAGAAGCUCGGCAGCUGGCCAUGCGCAUAUUUGAAGAUUACACUGUGUCUUGGUACUGGAUUGUCAUAGGUCUGGUCAUCGCCAUGGUCAUGAGUCUCCUUUUCAUCAUCUUGCUGCGGUUCCUGGCUGGCAUUAUGGUCUGGGUGAUGAUCGUCAUGGUGAUUUUGGUGCUGGGCUAUGGAAUAUUUCACUGCUAUAUGGAGUAUGCCCGACUGCGUGGUGAGGCGGGCUCUGAAGUCUCCCUGGUGGACCUUGGCUUCCAGACAGACCUCCGAGUGUACCUGCACUUACGCCAGACUUGGAUGGCCUUCAUGAUCAUUUUGAGUAUUGUGGAAGUGGUCAUCAUCUUGUUACUCAUCUUUCUCCGGAAAAGGAUCCUGAUCGCCAUUGCACUCAUCAAGGAAGCCAGCAGGGCUGUGGGAUACGUCAUGUGUUCCAUGUUGUACCCACUGGUCACCUUCUUGCUCUUAUGUCUUUGCAUCGCAUACUGGGCCAGCACUGCUGUCUUCCUGUCCACUUCUAAUGAAGCUGUCUAUAAGAUAUUUGAUGACACUGCCUGCCCACUCGCUGGGAAAACCUGUAACCCUGAGGACUUCCCCUCUACCAAUGAAUCCCGCUUGUGUCCCAAUGGCCGCUGCCGGUUUGCCUUCUAUGGGGGUGAGUCGGGCUAUCACCGUGCACUACUGGGCCUACAGAUCUUCAAUGCCUUCAUGUUCUUUUGGCUGGCCAACUUCGUGCUGGCACUGGGCCAGGUUACACUGGCUGGGGCCUUUGCCUCCUACUACUGGGCCCUGCGCAAGCCAGAUGACCUGCCUGCCUUCCCACUCUUUUCUGCUUUCGGCAGAGCACUCAGGUACCACACAGGCUCCUUGGCCUUUGGCGCCCUCAUUCUGGCCAUUGUGCAAAUCAUUAGAGUGAUGCUGGAAUAUUUGGAUCAGCGCCUAAAAGCUGCAGAGAACAAGUUUGCCAAAUUUCUCAUGACCUGCCUCAAGUGUUGCUUUUGGUGCCUGGAGAAGUUUAUCAAAUUCCUCAACAGGAAUGCCUAUAUCAUGAUCGCCAUCUAUGGUACCAACUUCUGCACCUCGGCCCGGAAUGCCUUCUUCUUACUAAUGAGAAACAUCAUCAGAGUGGCUGUCCUGGAUAAAGUUACUGACUUCCUUUUCCUGUUGGGCAAACUUCUGAUCGUCGGUAGUGUGGGGAUCCUGGCCUUUUUCUUCUUCACUCAUCGUAUCAGGAUAGUACAGGAUACGGCUCCACCCCUCAACUACUACUGGGUCCCUAUACUGACGGUGAUCAUCGGCUCGUAUCUGAUUGCACACGGCUUUUUCAGUGUCUAUGGCAUGUGUGUGGACACCCUUUUCCUCUGCUUCUGUGAGGACCUUGAGAGGAAUGACGGCUCUCAGGAGCGACCCUACUUCAUGUCGCCCGAGCUGAGAGACAUCCUUUUGAAGGGGAGUGCGGAGGAGGGCAAGCGGGAGGAAGUCGAAGAGUAGAGUGAGGGAGACUGGCAAGCAGGCCAGGGGUCUUCACUGGAGAACGGUGGAGGACCUGGAGAGGAAUGACGGCUCAGCUGAGAGGCCUUACUUCAUGUCUUCCACGCUCAAGAAACUCCUGAAUAAAACCAACAAGAAACUGGCAGAAUCCUAAAGGCCCCCUCUGGCCUGCUCUCAGGCUCUGUCUGCUCACGGAUGCUCUGGGUGUUCUGGAGACAGCUGGGCCAGGACUUUCAGGCCAUCGGACUUGCCCAGUCACAUCACUGCCUGUCUGCCCACUCCCUGUGGUUCCACUUCCUGGGAUCUGGAGGAUUUGAGAUAUCUUCCUAUGCUGAAGGGCAUUUGGCGUUUUUGUGAGAGCACUGUAUAAAGUCAACAAAAAUGAGUCUCUCCAGCACUUACUGGUCCACAUGGUGACUAAUCUGAAGAGCCUAUUGAAGUCUGGGAGGGGAGAUGGGUCAGUCUCUGCUGCAGGCUCCUCUGUACUUCCUAUCCCAUCUUAGACACAGUGGGGUAGGCAAUGGGAAGGACUGUAUAUAUAAGAGGGAGCUGAGGGAGCCGUCACAUCUCAGUGAACCCCAGCUCCAAGCUCUUCCUGCCUGCGCCAGCCAGGACCCAGAGUCAAACCCUGUCCCCAUGACUGAUCAAUUUGGUCCAAGGGCCUAUGGAUGCAUCUCUGUCUUGUCACUUUUUAUAAUCUGGACAUGCAUAAAAGGGUGUGUUUGCUUUUCUUCCAUCUGCUUGUGCAGCUGGGAGGGAGAUGCCAGGAGUGCCUUCAUUCAUCCCCCUCAGAUCUGCAGCUGGUGUGUGGGCACCAGGUGAAGGGGUCUUCUGGCUAGAGAUGUGGACUUGGGGGCCCUGGAUGGAAGGAAGGAGGCGCGAGACAGUUUAGGAGUGGCAGUGGUGAGCAAAGCCUGUACUGACAGGUUGACUUUGAUCCUGAUGGAGACCUUCAGGCUCUCUGGCUGGCUGGCCGGAGGGCUGGAAGAUGGGGCCCAGUUUCUCAGCUUUCUCUGCUAAUAUUGACACUGCCCUCUUUGUAAGUAAAAGAGAAAAUCCACUCAAGGGGCAGUUUGGGGUACAAAGUGUGUGUUAGGGCCAGUGGGAAAUGCUCUAGGCUAAUCACACCCCUCAGUUCUUUCAUGUUAUAUUUGGGAUUUUUUUUUUUUUUUUUUUUUUUUUUUUUGCCAAACUUACUGAACUUGGGACCCAGUUGACUGGUUUCCUGUUCGCCUGCUAUCAGCCAAGGCCUGGCUGCCCACUUUGUUUCUUGGCCUAUCAGAAAGAUCCUAGGGUCCUGGAGAAGGAAGGGUACCCACCCUUGUUUCCUGUGCCAGUCAUUAGCCCAUCAUCCCACGCCCUCCACCCUCUCCUGUCUGCCUGGCGUGGCCCUGUGGUUACAUAACUGCAUUCCUACUAACUACUUAAUAAAGUGCCUCUUGUACAGA